AUGUUGCAUGUCUUGAUCGCGUCCUGGGUGGUCCCGUCACUGGGACUGAGCAUCGUCGAUGCGCCUUGGGAGGCUCGGCGGAGCAACAUCCUCCGGGUCACAGGCCAGCCAUGUGACGAGUGCUCCUCCAUGGAAGACUUCUACAAGGACAAUGAGCUGGUCUUCCUCUUGUUCUACCAGCGAGAUUUGGUGUCCCACCAUGCUUACAAGGGGGCCAUCAUCGCUGGCUUUCAUGAGGCGUGCAAAGAUCUUCGCUGGUCCAGAGUUGCCUGUGGCAUCGUGGACAUGCUCGAGGACAAGGCCUAUGCGGAGAAAUACAUCGAUCCCAAGACCGCCCCGGCUCAUAUCGCCGUGCGGGCUGGAGAGCCGGUGCCUUCAAAAGAGGAAUGGAUCAAAAAGCUCUUGGCGAAGCCGGGAGACAAGGCCACUGAGCUGGGCAGCGGUCAAGCGGAGCUAGACCGGAUGCAGCAAAUAUGCAGCGACUUCGUCAAGAUCUUGCCGCGGAUCUUGAGAAACGACGCUGCAAAUCGGUGCCUGCACUUGGCAGCAGAUUGGUGCAGAGAUGGUGCCAUCCGACGCACCCGUUGGACACCUUUGGACUCGUCGGUGACGGUGCGGACACGUCGCUCCGACUCGCACGUCGGCGGGCCAUGGAAGGACGUCAUCACAUCGGUGCCUGGUGCAGAUCUGACUGUGCAGAGUCGGCUGCAAGAGUUCCGGCAGAAUGCCAUGCCCAAUUGGGUGCCCAUUUUUACCAAGACGGGCGACCUGGCCAUCGUUGGAGUGAGCGAAGUCUAUUUGCUUGUUUGGGUUUUACUACGCUUGAGUGUGCCUGAAGCCUGGACGAAGCCAGCCUGUGAGGAUAUGCACAUGUGGAGUCUGGUGGUGUCUUUGGUGGGAUUACGCUUGGUGUGCCAACCUGAUGCUCACAGCUCCAAAUGGCAGCGAAGGUUCAUGUCCACCACCUUUUCGAUCGCGUCCAUGCUCUCGCAAGUGGAUAUGCCAAAGCAGCUUGGACACGUGAAUGGGGUCGCCUAUGCGGCGACCACUCUUUUCAUAGGAGAUCCCUGGUUCGGACUGGGUGUUUAUGCAGCCUGCAAACUUCUACGACCUUUGACCUGA